CUCAACCGUUGUGUAACCGUUGUGUUUUCUGAACGCAGCCAAUGUAACCGAUGAGUUUGUUGAACGCACCUAUGGCUUACAGAUUUUUCCCUGUCAACAAUGAAAUAUGACUGCGGAAAACGAGGAUUCAGAUUUCUCACAUAAUAUAUAUAAGAAUGAUCCAAUCUUAUUUAACAGUUAUGUGGGAAAAGAAGUUAAAAUAACGAUGAAAGAUGAAGAUGUUCACUGUGGUAUUGUUUAUACAAUCGAUCCGGUAUCAGAGAGUGUUGUGCUUCUGCAGCCUAAAGAACCUACAACAUACAGUUUGAAAAUAGUAUCAGGUCAUUCUGUCAAAAACAUCGAAAUAAUAUCAGCAGAAGAAAGGAUCGUGCCAGAAUUAUUUCUACCAUCAUGUACAAAUUUUUCCCAGGCAGCAAUCACUAAUAGGAAAAAUACCAUUAAACAAUUAUUCCUGGAGAAUCGAUUUUCAGUUAAAGAAGAAGGUGAUAUUCUAAAGAUCGAAGAUACUGUGACGGUAGAACCUCCAUAUUAUCCACAAAAUUGCAAAUGUACCAAUAGUAUUAUUCUUAGCAGAAUACAAAAUAUUUUAAUGAGUAAAUAACUAAAUAAAAUAUAUAUCUCACAUAAAGAUAAGACAAAGUUAUUUUCCAAAAUGUUCCAAGAUACUUUUUGUUAUUCAAUUAUAGUAUCAUAAAGUUAAACAUCAUUAUACAUGCAUAAGAUAAAAUGCAUGGAAGUGUAGUUCAAUAAAUCAGGUCUUGUAAUAUAAUAAUAAUAGUAAUAUAUUUUACCAAAGAGAGCAUUAGCUUUGCUAAUUACAAAAAUAGCCUUAUGAUUGUUAGGAAUGCGUAUACCGCGAAAUUCAGGAAUGUUAAAAUUGGCUAAAAAUUUUAUAAUUAUAAUUUUAUAACAGAUAUGUCUCAUUGAUUUUUCCAACGAUCGAGGCUGACAUUAAGCUUAAAAAAGAAACUCAUCUAAUAUAAAAUAGCUUUCUGCUUCACACAGCUAUGUUCUUGCAUGUAUGAUGCUAAUGCACUUUAAGAAUGUGUUAAGUGUGGAAAGUAACAGUAAUAAUACGUAAUAAUAGUAUUCCUUAGAUAUCUUGUGCUUUUAACAUAUAAAUCUGUGGAAUAAUGUGGAACAACACAAAGAUUGCAGGUUAUUCCAUAAAAAAAAAGAAAAAAAAAGCUUUGUGUCCGUCACGCUUAUUCAGAAGUCAUACCCGAGCCGACUGUUAUUUCGAGGUAUAACAACUGCAUAAGGAUAUAAAAAAGCACAGCUAGAAAGGACAUGGCUGUUGCGAUCGGUUUUUAUCGUAUCGUCAUAUUUCAUAUUAGACGUAAUCAGGUAUAAGUGCAAUGUUUGCACGAUUCAGAACCUUUAUGUUAAAUAUAACGCUGUACAAACUACUCAAAAUCAGAGAAACAUAUUGAAUGUCAAAUGCACAACUGGACGCUACUUGUAUGUUUCGCUUGUCUUGUGGUUUUACUGCGGAUUGUCAGGUGAGAAUCCUUUCAUAAAUUUUUUUUUCUUUACAAUACCAGACAUAUAAAAUUGAUAUGCGAUUAACGUAACGUAUUUUAUAUGUUGUCGAGCAGCUUCAUCCAGUGGGAAGGUUUGUGCAAAAUGUACUUAACGCGAAACGUUAAACUAUAUAUAUAUAUAUAAUACGAAAACAUAAAACACAAUGUAUGAUAUAUCUAAAACGUUUCAGAACAUUUGUACGUACAAUCUAUCUCGAAUCGAGGCAGUUGUAUUUCUAAACCCUAGAGCUAUUUCUAAACCAGAGCUGUUUGACUCAUGACGUCUUGUAAGCGAUCCAUUUCGCAGUUUUCGACAAAUUUACGGCACGUAUACGUUUAAGUUUUAAACUUUAACCAAACCUAUUGUGAGGAUAUAUCGAAGAAACUUGCGAAAUUUCAUAAAAGUCUUGAAGGUUCUAUGUUGCGUACGUGUUGUCAUUGUAGUUAUAUAUAGUAAUGGGAUCCCCUUAAAGCUUAUAGUAAUAUUUUUAAAAGCUAAUCAGCUGGUAUAAUCUAUGUGACAAUAAUAAUAUAAUAUAUAAGCGGGAGUUUCUAUCAAAUCUUUCUCAAAAUACAGGGAUAUAUCACUGACGCGUAUGUAUAAGCAUUAAGACAUUAUACAGAGAUGUUUACAGCAUUAAUACGCAUUUUUAAUAUUUCUGUUUUAAAACAGCCCAUUUUUCAAUUAAUGCGUGCCAAUUUUCAAUUUCGUAGCUCUAAUUGUAUGUACAUGCAUGAAAAGUCUCAUGUAAUUCUGAAUUUAUUUAAAAUGUUGAAAUAUCUUGUUUGAUUUAUUUAAUAUUGUUCGAUAUGGUAAUAAAUUCGAGAUACGUUGUGUUGAAAAAAUCGUAAUAUAUCAUACAACAAUCAGAAUUUAUUUACUUAUGUUCAUAUCAUUUUUUUUCUUUUUAUAAAAAAGAAUGUUACGAUCAAAAUAUGAUUGGAUUUUUUUAUGUAAGUCCUUGUGCAUACUUAUUCAUCUGUUUGAUCUGUCGAUCAUAUAUGUCUUCGUAAAUGCUACGAGAUCAUAACGAUGGCAGUACUUUUAAUGUAUACGUGAAAAUGGAUUU